AGAACACCCAAGGUGUUUGUGUGCCUAUGUAUUGCUUGCAACUGCUUGUGAUGUUGUGAUGGGAUCAGCUGAUUGAGAUUUAAUGGAAGCUGUUUUAAAGUGAAAAAUAAUACGUUAUUUGCAGUUCCACUUAAUUUAUCUUAUAUCAGUGAGUUUAUGAAAGAUGCGGUAAUGAAUUUUCGAUAUUAUAAAACCAAUUCUCGAUUGAAUAGUAAGAAUAAAUUAUCAUCCUUGUAUUAGCAAGAACGAAGUGCACAACUCAAGGAUUCUUCUUACAAAAGAUACAACAAUGAUUCCGGAUGGUGAGACUCUUUGUGCAGAAUUAACUGUUAAUGACCAUGCAUACAUAAUAUGUUUAGUUGCUGAAAACUCACCUGAACAAUUAUCAGUAUAUGUAACAGAUUGUGAAGAAUUUUUUAAAGGAUGCAUUACUUCAGAACAACUCACAUUAAUGGAGAAAGAGUUGAAAGUUUAUUCACAAAAGUCAAAAAGUAAUUUAUUUAGAAUUGCAAUGAAGCAGAAAAAAAUUUCAUUCUCAAAAGUUUCUUUACAAUUAAAUUUUACCAUUUCCUCAGAAACAAUUAAUGUAACUAUGGAAGAAAUAGAAGCAAAUAAUAGAUCUGCAUAUAUAAAAGCAUUAUUUUUCCGCAUGGCUAAGGAAAUGAGUGGCCCAGAGGAGAAAAUGUCACCAGCAAAGCCUUCCAUGUCUACAACAAUACGAAUUAACUCACAAGCCAGAUCUGUGAAACAAAAAUUACCUGGCACUAGUAUUGUGAAUCCUGGUGUGAAACGCAUACGCACAGGGACCGGUGUACAGUUUGAGGAAGACUGAUGGAAAUUGCUCACUCAAUUUCCAACAGAGCUGAAAAUUAAAUAUUUUAAAAUUUUUGAUUUCAUAUGUAUAUGUUUUUGUUACUGACAUGAAAUGUUUAUCAUUUACUAUUUUUGAUAUUGUUAGUGUUGUUAACAGUUUGUGUUUUAUUAAAUUAAUCACACAUUUUAUUUGUGUAUACAAAUUAUAUAUAAUUUAUCAUUUUACUUCAUGAAAAAGAUUGCAUUUUUGUCUCGUGUACAACUGUUAAUAAAGAGAUUUAUAUACAGGUACUCAAAGAUUUGCUCAACAAAGCAAACAUUUGACACGUCCAUCUUAAAUUGACAGUAAUAGGUCACGGUUGGAUGACACUGAAUCUAAAUAAAACUUGAUCCAUUUGAAAGACUUCAACAAAAACAAUAAAAGACAUAAAGAAUUGUAAAGCGUGAGGCGUCGUUUCGCCCUGAGGAAAGUCGGAGAAUGGCGGUCGAAACGUUGGCACCUGUCUCUAGGACGCGGCGUCUUUCAGACUGCCAAGCAGCUACAGAUUCCUGCCGCGGAAACCUACAAUCUCAUGAUUGCCAAACUAUAUUGCAUUUAUCCUUUUAAUUGUGGGGUGAUCACAUGGGUUGCUGAGUUCACAAAGGUAGUGGCAGCCAGCAACUGAAGACACUGGUGGCGAACUGCUGAAAUGAAGGCAACUUGUGGGACAAUUUUGAGACCGAGAACGAAAGGGCGGCAGACGGGAAGAGGUCGUAUGCGAAGUGAGCACUUGGGAGAAAAUGAUCUGGAGACUCGGCUCACAAAUGGAGAAGGGCGUGAGCGCAGUCUCGGUGGCAAGCCCGCGCAGGCCUCUGAGAUUGCAGCUGCCACAAGUGGACGUAAUCAUGCCUUCCCUCGAGACUCAGAAGAUUUCUCUCAGCUCUCGGCGACUUGAUUUCAUUCUUGUGUGUAUUUUUCAUUUUUUAUUUCGGAAUUCUGUGUCUCUCUUUGAUUAUAUUUAGGUUAAUUCUUUUUUUACUAAUAAGCUAUAAGAAGAUGCCCUGCAAAAGAGAGUAGAGUGACGAAGUAAAUGGAGUUAAUCGAUCUCUAUGAGGAACACGAGUUUUGGUGGAAUGUAAAACAAAUUGUAUAGGAAUCGCUAUAAAAAUGAGAAUGUUUGACGAAUUUGCAACAAAUGUUUGUUUUUUUUAAAAAAACUAAUGGAAAUUGCACUGCAGACAUCUGAAUAAAUGUUUUAGAACUGUUGUGCAUGUUCCAACUUAUUUACGAGUGUUGAACAAGCUCUGAAUUCAUUUCGUCGAUCCACCGAUUUCCUAAUCU